AUUAAAGCUGAACAUAAGUCUAUCUUUUUGGCACUGGAAAAAAACUAAAACUAGAAUUAAGAAUGGCACUCAGAAUCUGGGCUUCUUCCACUGCCAAUGCACUCAAAAUUUCUGUUGCCUCCAGACCUCAUUUCUCUCCUUCCAGAUGCUUCUCUUCUGUUUUGGAUGGGCUAAAAUAUGCAACUUCACAUGAAUGGGUGAAGCACGAAGAUUCAGUGGCUACUGUUGGCAUCACUGACCAUGCUCAGGACCAUCUAGGAGAAGUGGUGUUUGUGGACAUGCCAGAAAUAGGGGUGGCAGUGAGUCAAGGAAAGAGUUUUGGAGCAGUAGAAAGUGUGAAGGCAACGAGUGAUAUCAACUCUCCCAUUUCUGGUGAAAUUAUUGAGGUCAACAAAAAGCUAAGUGAAGCCCCUGGCUCGAUUAAUUCAAGUCCAUAUGAAGAAGGAUGGAUGAUCAAGGUGAAGCCCAGCAACCCAUCAGAAUUAGAGACAUUGAUGGGUUCAAAGGAAUACACUAAAUUCUGUGAGGAAGAAGAUGCUGCUCAUUAGAAUUUUCUUCAUUCAUAUUCCCUUGGACUAACUUGUUACAAAAACUAUUCCAAGUCCCACUUUUUCUCAAUAAUUAAAAAAUUGUUCUCUA